GCGCGUAUCACGACUCCCUUCCAGCCGAUCCGCAUUGUCCACUGCGUUUGGUACUUCGAUACUCGAUAGGGAUCGGCCCGGGCCAUCAUGGAUGGGGAUCUGAGUCUCUCUCAGUCCCUGGGUGGACUCCGGAUCGCGAACCCGGACGAUUCGUCUCUACACUCUUCAGACGAUGCUGUCACGACCGGACUCGACACGCAGGAUCCUCUAGAGACUGGUUCAUAUACGGAUACCAUCGCUAGCCAACAGCAUCACGGUUCCUCUGUCUCAUUACCCCCGCCGUCCGGCAAUAUUCAGUCCUCCCCUCCAGCCAAUGAUGAUGCUAGAAGUUAUGACCAACGCCUGCAGAACAGGUCGUCCGUUUUCUAUAAUCAGCAAGAAUUGCAACAGUACCAGCCAUCGCAAUAUCAAAGUUCGAUACCACAACAUCCCUCCUCCCAGCCCAGCUCUCGCCCUAUGUCUUCCUUUUACGCUCAGCCCUCCAUCAACGGAUCAUCGUCUUCAGCAACAGCCCGGGAAGGGUCAUAUAGGAUCCGUACGGAUUCAGGUGCUUCGUCGGUAUCGGACAAGCUGGCGCGCGCGGAUUCUCGAUCCAGCGGAGCAGCGCUCCAAGCGGGAGUCCCUGCGAGAGACAACACCCAUAGCGAGAGGUCUUACAAGCAGGCGCAAUAUCUUUCCGGUAACGGGCCAUUGCCCCCGCGGCAGGGCUCAAGGCCUUUCCCUUACAAUUCCGGAACCCCACAGGUUUCCAGCUCACCGUAUGGACUGGAAGGCGGUCCGUUGUCCAGCAGCGAAGAAUGGCAGGAUCGCGGGGCAGCUGUUGGCGUUAGGCAAGAGACUGGCCCGGACGGAAAGCCGGUGACGCGGUAUAUAAAGAAAGGAGUUCGAGACUUCUCGUUUGGCCAGACUCUAGGGGAAGGCUCUUACAGUACUGUGGUACUGGCGACGGAUCGUCAGACAUUGAACGAGUACGCUAUCAAGAUCCUCGAUAAAAGGCACAUCAUCAAGGAGAAGAAGGUCAAGUAUGUCAAUAUCGAGAAGGAUACGUUGAACCGACUCACGGAUCACCCGGGCAUUGUCAGACUAUAUUAUACCUUCCAAGAUGAACGAUCUCUCUAUUUCGUGUUGGAUCUCUGCAAGGGUGGGGAACUCCUGGGUGUCCUUAAACGUAUGUCGACGUUCGAUGAAGAAUGUACGAGAUUCUACGGCGCGCAGAUCCUUGAUACAGUUGACUACAUGCACAAACGCGGCGUCAUACAUCGCGACUUGAAGCCGGAGAAUAUCCUCCUGGAUGACCAAAUGCACACCAAAGUCACUGACUUCGGUACAGCAAAGAUCCUCAAGGGGAAGAGAAGACCAGAUGACAGCCAAAAUGGAAUGCCCCCAAUUGAUGCGGGUGACGUCGCAGGAGAAGAACGCGCCAGCUCGUUCGUUGGAACCGCGGAAUAUGUCAGUCCUGAACUGCUCACAGACAAGAGCGCCUGCAAGGCAAGUGACCUAUGGGCAUUUGGCUGUAUCAUUUUUCAACUCCUGGCUGGUAGACCGCCUUUCAAGGCAGCAAACGAAUACUUGACGUUCCAGAAAAUUGUCAAUCUGGAAUACGAAUUUCCGAGCGGAUUUCCUGCCGUGGGCCGCGACCUCGUCGAAAGGCUGCUGGUGCUAGACCCGGCAAGACGACUGCCGAUGGAACAUAUCAAGAACCAUGAAUUCUUCCGCGGUGUCACUUGGGGCCGUGGGCUGUGGAAACAAAAAGCACCCCGAUUGAAGCCAUAUAUUCCCCCACCACGAGAGCCCAUAAAGCUCAACGGUGGCGGUGAUGAUGAUAGUUUCCCGCCAAGUAUUAACACCGCCCCUCCUGCAUCACGAGCCUUGCCCAGGGUGAUCACCGAACUUCCUCCACCGACCCAACUCGAUAUUGAGUGGUCACCAGUUCUAACAAAAAGCAACGAAAGGAUACUGAAGUUAGGAAACCUCUUCGUCUCUUCAUCACCAGCUCCGCACAGUCCUUCAUCUAAGAAUGGACAUGGUGAGAAUGAUGCGGCGAAGAAGUUCUCCCGUUUCUUUGGUGGGAGCACAACAAAGAAGCGUCAGCGCUUAGUUAUGAUCACUACGUCCGCCCGCAUCGUUAUAGCCGCGGCCGGUGGUGAGGAAAAGAAAGCAAAGGUGGAAAUAUCUCUCUUAGCGCCUGGAACCCACUAUCGAAGCACGAAUGACUCAAAAGGCUUCUCGUCAUGGGUUGUUGAUACGCGUGAGAAGCAUUUCGUCUUCGAAGAGCCGAAACCGUCAUCCAGCAGCGUGGCGACUAGCGCCCUGGCGACUCAGGAGUGGCUCGAUACACUCGACCGGGCGAAGGAGAUAGCACUUUCGCAACAAGGGGGAGGUGGGUAUUCUGGGGAUGAUGCUUUCCGCGAGCUGUCGUCGGGACUAUCAAGCCAUGCAAACACCCUCGACCGAACCUCCGAAUUUCAGACAGAUGGCGCAGCUCCCACAAGGAACACACUUGUCAAACAUCAGGGUACCGAUUCAGACUCCGUGAAGGGGAAGAAGCGAUUUAGCAGGCGUCAUUCAAAGAACGGCCUCGCCGCAGUGUUUUGAUUUGGCCCAUCUCCGUUCCGACGCGAUUCAUCCUACGACGGUCACCUUAUAUACUGCUUCGGGGCGUCGUUUCCGAAGUUCCGGCGUUCUCAUUUCAGCCCCUGCUAAAAGAGCGCCGAUACUGAUUCGGUAUUCACUUUAUAACCGGGAGGCUGCUGGCAUUUUGACGUUAGUCCUAGUUGCUUCUCACCAUAGUACGGCGUGAUUAUCAGCAGAGGUUGGUUGACGGUCUUCUUAAUCUUU